AUGGCUGAAGACGACAGAUCCAGCCUGCUGCCGAGAAAGGCAUACGGCUUCCCGGCAGAGGCAUUCGACUCUAGCACGCUUCCCGACUACGACACCAACUUCCUCCCGCCCGAGCACCUCGAGGCUUUCAUCCAAGCCCUGACCGCGCCGGACCCGGUCCACUCGCCCGACGAGCCGUCGGCACCCCGCAGCCCCAGUCUCCGGAGCUUCAGCAGCUACGACUUCACCAAGCGCUCCUCGGUGCCGUCCAUCAGCCCGGACGACCCCCAGGCAGUCGCACGGCAUGCCGAAGACGUCUCCGGGGGUGGUGUCCCGGCCCAGAACGGCAACGGCAACGGCAACGCCAGCCAGUCCAUGUUCAUCACCGCCCAGAACGACUGGGCCCCGGUCCACGAGAAGGUGGUCCGCCCGUCCCGCAAGGGCAGGCGGAGCAGGCGCGUGCGCGUCACGGGCCGCCGCACCAAGGACGAGACCCGCGAGGGGUACCUCUACGGCCUGCUCAAGUGGCCCUUCCUCUUCUUCGUGUCGGGCUGGGUGGUCAGCCUCGCCGUCGUCUACGUCCUGACGCGGGCGUACAUCGCGACCUACGAGCGCUUCGUGACGUGGCGCGGCCGCCGCGAGAGGCUGCGCAAGCAGCUGCGCGCCACGUCGACCUACCGCGAGUGGGUCGGCGCCGCCAAGGAGCUCGACCGGUACCUCGGGAACGAGAAGUGGAAGGAGGAGAACGCGUACGCGUACUACGACUCUGACACCGUCCGGCGCGUCUGGGAGCAGCUCAAGAAGAGCCGCGUCGCGGCCGAGGCGGCGGAGCGCGAGGCGGCGAGCUCCGGGGAGUCGGCCGACAAGGAGGGUCGCAAGACGGCCGUCGAGGACCUGAAGUUGCUCAUCGAGGCGUGCGUCAAAAACAACUUUGUCGGGGUUGAGAACCCGAGGCUGUACAGCCAGACGUACUACGGCACCAAGAACUUGGUGGAGAACUUUAUUGACGAAGUGGAGAAAAGCAUCAAGUUUCUCUCGGGGACGAACCAGCUGGAAAUUUUUGAGAAGAAGGCCAUGUUCAAAAGGAUACAUGCCAAUUACGGUCGAUCGGCACUCUGUCUAUCAGGAGGUGCUAGCUUCGCCUACUACCACUUUGGUGUGGUCAAGGCCCUUCUCGAAGAGAACCUGCUUCCGGACGUUAUCACUGGCACCAGUGGAGGAGCCCUGGUGGCUAGCCUUGUCGCAACUCGGACAGACGAAGAGUUGAAAAAGCUCCUUGUCCCGGCGCUAGCGGACAAGCUCACGGCAUGCCAAGAGCCGAUCUCCGUAUGGUUUCGCCGGUGGUGGGCUACCGGGGCAAGAUUCGAUUCGGCUGACUGGGCCAAGAAGUGCUCAUGGAUGACUUACGGAUCGAUGACUUUCCGCGAGGCCUACGAGCGGACGGGCCGCAUUCUCAAUGUCAGCUGCGUGCCGGCCGAUCCGCACUCGCCGACCAUCCUCUGCAACUAUCUGACCUCGCCGGACUGCGUCAUCUGGUCCGCAGUCCUGGCGUCGGCGGCGGUACCCGGUAUCCUGAACCCGGUGGUCCUCAUGAUGAAGACGCGGGAGGGGCAUCUGGUGCCGUACUCCUUCGGGCACAAGUGGAAGGACGGCAGCUUGCGCACCGACAUACCUAUCAAGGCGCUCAACCUGCACUUCAACGUCAACUUCACCAUCGUCUCGCAGGUCAACCCGCACAUCAACCUGUUCUUCUUCAGCAGCCGCGGCUCGGUGGGCCAGCCAGUCACGCAUCGUAAAGGACGGGGCUGGCGGGGCGGCUACCUGGGCUCGGCGACGGAGCAGUACAUCAAGCUCGACCUCACAAAGUGGCUCAAGGUCCUGCGCCACCUCGAGCUGCUGCCCCGGCCCCUGGGGCAGGACUGGUCGCAGCUCUGGCUGCAGCAGUUCGGCGGCACCAUCACCAUCUGGCCCAAGUCGAUCGCGUCGGACUUUGUGCACAUCCUGUCGGACCCGGACCCGCCGCGGCUCGCGCGCAUGAUCCACGAGGGCCAGCAGUCGGUCUUCCCAAAACUCAAGUUCAUCGCCAACAGGCUGCGCGUCGAGCGGCAGGUCGAGAAGGGCCGGCUCGAGUCGAAACCGUACGUGCGGAGGGGCAGCAUCGAGACCAUCAUCAGCGAGGACGAGCUGCGGAACCUCCUGAGGGCGCGGGGCGGCGGCAGCACGACUAAUACCGACGACGACGAGGAGACGACUACCGAGGCCGAGGGCGAGAGUGUCGGCCACCGCGAUCGCGAAGGUACGGGUCUCGGGGUGUUGGAUCCGACGGAAGAGGCUGUCGUUGAUGAUGAGAGUGAUGUCGAGUUGAAGGUCAGGUAUGAGCGAGAGAAGGAUGGGAAGGCGGAAUAG